GGGGCAGGCCGGGAGGUGACUUGCACCAUGGCUGCCGCGCCGCCGCUGCGGGACCGCCUGAGCUUCCUGCACCGGCUCCCAAUUCUCCUGAAGGGCACCUCGGAUGAUGAUGUCCCGUGUCCAGGCUACCUGUUUGAAGAGAUUGCUAAAAUCUCCCAUGAGUCCCUGGGCAGCAGCCAGUGUCUACUGGAAUACCUCCUGAACCGCCUGGACAGCAGCUCUGGCCACGUCAAGCUCAAGGUGCUGAAGAUCUUGCUCUACCUGUGCAGCCACGGUUCCUCCUCCUUCCUGCUGAUCCUCAAACGCAACUCUGCCCUCAUCCAGGAAGCCACAGUUUUUGCAGGGCCCCCGGAUCCUCUCCACGGGAACAGUUUGUACCAGAAGGUGCGGGCAGCUGCCCAGGACCUGGGCAGCACCUUGUUCUCUGACGCCAUGUUGCCGCUGCCUCCCUCCCAGCCUCCCCGGGGCCUGGCUCCAGCAGGCAUGGGCUCCCAGUCCAGGCCUCAGGGCACCCUCCAGGGUUUUGGCUACAGCAAAGAGCAAGCCCAGGCAGGCUCUGCCAGCGAGGCCCUCUUUUCCACCAUCCAGAAGGCUGCAGAGGUGGUGGCUAAUGCCGUGCGCCCUGGAGCCCAGAAACCCCCACCCUGGGGAGACACCUACCAGCCUGCCGUGACUCCUGCAGUCAGCCAUGGCCUGCCCACCCCUGGGAACCAGCUCCCUGGAGCCCUCCCAGGUGUCCGAGCCACCAGACACCAGCCUGGGCAGGCCGGAGGGGGCUGGGAUGAGCUGGACAGCAGCCCCAGCUCCCAGAACUCCUCCCAGAACAGUGACCUGAGCAGGGCCUCAGACUUGGGCAGUAGGUCUGGUAGUGACAGCCAGUCAGGGGCCAGCCGGGAGCCAGGCGACCUGGCAGAAAGGGCGGAGGCUGUGGCCGCCAGUGACUGCCAGCAAGAGCUAAGCCUGGUGAGGACCUUGGUGCAAGGGCCACGCACCUUCCUGAGCCGGGAGGAGGCCCAGCACUUCCUCAAAGAGUGCGGGCUGCUCAACUGUGAGGCCGUGCUGGAGCUGCUCCUCCACCGCCUGGACGGGGCUGGUGAGCACCAGCAGAUGAGGGCCCUGAGUGCCAUCGCCUCCCUCGGCUGUGCUGACCUCCUUCCCCUGGAGCACGUCCUCCUCCUCUCCCAGUCAAGGUUGCAGCAACUCAGCAGGGGAAACCCUGGACCUGUGACCAGCAAGGCCACCAAGAUCCUGAGGCACCUGGAGGCCUCCUGUGGACAGCAGCCCCCUGCUCCCAGGUCCUGCACUGAGCCUGGCCCCGCAGCGACCCUUGCAGGCCCAUCGGACUUGCUGACUGGCCUCUCGCCUCCCCCUGGGGGCCAGGCCUUCCUCCAGCCGCUGAGCUCCACCCCAGCCUUGCCUAGGAGCCCUGUGCCCUCCCCACCCCUGGACUCCUGUCCCCUCCCAAUCCCUGGAGACACCAAUGAGGCUGAAACUUCUCUGGCAGUGUCUAGAGAGCGGGGCCCAGACACCCCAAAAAGAGGCCCUAGUCGCUGUCGUGGCUCCUUGUUUGCUGGCAUGGAGCUGGUGGCCUGCCCCCACCUGGGUGGCACCAGGGCUUCUAUAGAGGCGCCCCACCCAGCCCAGCCUCCCCAGGCACAGGCCCAGAAGGCAAUGGUUGCCGAGCCUGUGGGCUCCGAGCCCUCAGCUUUCCCGUUCUUAAAUGUGUGACCAGGUGGACCUGGCAUCUGGUUUCCUUGUUCUCAGCUGGUGGCUCCCAGGACCCUGUGGCCUCCUGCCCGUCAAGGCAUGGUUCUCCUAGGGGUCUGCUGGCAGUUUCCUUGCACCUUUCUGGCCUCUCACCCUCACCCACUGGGGCCUUGGUGUGGACAGCCACUAAUGGAGCCUGUGCGGCACCUCUACAUGCCCCAGACCGGCCAGGACAGGGCGCACGUGCUGAAGAGCAGGUUUAUCUGGUGCCCCCACCAGUCAUCUGUGACGCCUGCCCUCCAGGCCAGUUCCCCAGCCAUGCCCCUGCAGGAUAGGACCCACACAUGCCUUCUCAAGGGUCUGGGUGGCUGGGGGCCACCUGUCGUCUUGGGGUUUUGGCCAGUGCAUCUGCAAACUAAUGCUUCCUGAAGGCUACUGGCCAGUCUCCAGGCAACCUGACCAGAGAAGAGUACCCCAGGGCUGUCUCAGUCUUGUCCAUCUGCCUCCUUGACUGGAUGCUGGCUACUUGGGCUUGAAUUCCUGUAGUGGCAGACAGGGUUUCAGGUGCUGGCCUUGGGGUCCAGGAGCAGCCGUGCCUUCAGAGUCGAGGGUUGGACUUGGGAGCAACAGCUUGGUUCUUACUUUGUUUUGGUCCCGACCUCAGAUCCUUCUCAGAAAGGCCACAGUGGCCAGAGCCCACUGCCUUGUGGGGUUGGGUGCUGGUGAGGCUGGUGUGGUGCCCAUGGGUGCAGCAGGCCUGGUUCCUGGGUGCCCUGCCCCGGCCUCGUGCUGCUCCCCUUGGCCCCAGCUGCCUCCUGCAGACUGCAUGGGAGAGAUGGAGUGCUCCUGCCCACCCAUCCCACGAGAGCUGCCAGAGUGCUGGGGUCUACACUCUGAAUAAAAACACUACUGUUAUAUGCAGUUGAGCCACUUUUUCCCCCUUUCUUCUGCAUGUGUACAUUUUAAUGAAGACACCAUUAGUAAGAA